UGCGAAAAAAAAAAAAGGAAAAAGGAAAAAACUUAAUAAAUAAUUAAACGACUGAAAGCGACCCACAAACAAUGCACAGCGUUGUCUGCUGUUUCGAGAAGAACUGAACGAUUCCGAACAAAAACCACACGAACUCACCACCGCGACGCGGCCGAGUCAAUCUCGAGUCGGCGCUGGUCGAUUAGUCGAUCUCCACCACUCCGAUCACCGAAACCCGAUCGUGAGUUUAUUAAGAGAGAGAGAGAAAUUGAAUAUUAAUCCACUAAUUUUAUUGGGUUUUUUUUUUAUUGAUUUAAAACGAGUGUGUUUGAUUUGAGGGAAUCGAACUACGUUUAGGUUUUGGAAGCCUUCCCUCGCGCUUUUUGGUUGGUUUUUUUGUUUUUUUCGUGGGUUCUUUUUCCCAUUUUUCUCUUCUUUUUUGUUUUCUUUGUAAUGUUUGAUUCUCGGGAAAGUGGGUGCUUGGAGGAGCUGGGGUUAGGGUUUUGGAGUUAGGGUUGUGGGUAGGAGGGCGAUGUUUGGAGGCGUGAAGAUGGAAGAAAAUUCUGGGCUUGAAGAAGGAGAGGCUUGCUAUCCUAAAGAUGAUGAUGAAACCAUUGACCCUGACAUUGAUCUUGCCUACAUUGAUGAGAAGCUUCAGACCAUAUUGGGCCAUUUUCAAAAAGAUUUUGAAGGCGGGGUUUCUGCCGAAAAUUUGGGUGCAAAAUUUGGUGGGUAUGGUUCAUUUUUGCCAGCCUAUGAAUGCUCUCCUUCAAGACUGUCACAUUCAAAGACACUAGAGAAAAACUUUAGCACGCCAAGGUCACCUAACAACCUACCUUUGGAGGGUGCCUCCCAGAAUUAUAAAGCUCUUCCUGAUGCAUCUUUGACUUGGAGGAACGGAAAUGAUUCCUGUAGUGUUUCAGUCAAGCAAGAUUCAUGUUUGUCUUUUGUUCAUGCUACUGAUAAGUCUACCCUAAAGGAGAAAACUUUGAACAGAUCAAAGAUUCCAGCUGAACAGAACUUACUGAAGUUCAGAAUCAAAGUUUCUGAUACUAAAUCUAAAAAAAAUGCAGAAAUUUAUAGUGGGCUUGGUCUUGAUGACUCUCCAUCUUCAUCAUUGGGAAACAGUCCAGAAGAAAGCAGAGCAAUGCUAGGCAUUUCUCAAGAGAGUAUGAAUGAAUCACCAGCAAGCAUUCUUCAGGUCAUGACUUCCUUCCAAGUUCCCAGUGGUGAACUUGUUUCCCCUCUUCAUGAAAGUUUGCUUUGCUUGUUUAGAAAGGAAAAAGAAAGACCUUGCAAAGGCACAGAACCUAUGCCUUCUCUUAAUGAUGGUCAAGAACUUUCUGCGUGCUUAUUGAAUGAGCCUGUCUUGACUAAGGGAAAACCAUUAGCUGAGAAGAAAGCAAAAUUUAUUGAAAAAAUUGAAAAGCUGUUGGAGCCAAAGCACAACAAUGGUGUGAAUGUUGUGGAUGACAAGAUGUUGCUUUUAAAUAAAAAGGCAAAAAAUGAGAUCAGAGGAGUCAAGGGGGUGUUGGCUAAUGACUUGAAUGUUGCUGACCCUGUGGAACCCACUGCAAGAACAUCUGAAGUCACCAUGGAGACUAGCAAUGUUGGGAUAAGUGAUGAAUUAUUUUGCUCUAACUUAGCAAAGCCAGACUCUUUGGAGUCAAUUGCUGGUGGAAAUAGCAAUAAUAGCAAAAAGUGGAAUUUUCAGAGUUGUUCAAGUGAAAAGGAGUUGGAACAGUGUGUUGAAAAUUCAAAUAAGGAUGAAUCUGCUGACCUUGGGGGCAGUGACAGGGGUAGAGCUAAUAAAAGUUCUGCCCCUUCAAAAUGUAAGGAAGAUAAGAGAAAAAAGAUUAGUGUGAAAUCAUUUCUUAUGCGAGACCAAAUAAAUAUGCCCUUUGACAAAGAGAAGCCAUUGUCUAAGGGCAACAAAUCAAAGAGUAGCCAAAGUACUGGAAAGGCUGCUAUUUCAACAAUGGAUAAAACAACUAUUAGUCAUGGUGUCUUGUCCAGUAAAAAUAAGAUGCAUAAGUUGAAGUUGAAGAAAGAUAUUAAUAAGGUUAGAAAUAAUCAUAGAGAUUCAUUGGAUACAAAUUGUGAACAGAAAGGUAACCUAAUGGAUCUACCAGGGAGACAGUUUGGCAAUAGGCCAAAGGUUGCUACUAUCAUUGAUUUUGAGACACAACAGGGUACAUAUGGGAAGAAUCAAAAGGAAACAUUUUUUGGUCCAAAAGUUGACAACCAGCUAUUUGGAGCGUGUGCAAACGAUGCUUCAUCUGUGGUUUGUGUUGCAAAAAAUGUACUUGCCUUUGAGGGUGCACCACCACCUGUGGCUCCUGCAGUUGACAAAGACGAUUGGGUCUGUUGUGACAGUUGUCAAAAGUGGCGGCUGUUACCCCAUGGUAGAACAACAGAUCAACUCCCUGACAAGUGGUUGUGUAGCAUGCUUGAUUGGCUGCCUGGAAUGAACAGUUGCAAUUUUAGCGAGGAGGAGACAACACAAGCUCUUAAUGCAUAUUACCAGAUCCCUUUUUCUCAGAGUAAUCUGCAAAAUAAUGGAAAUGGAACUCUGUCACUACCUACAGCUUAUCUUCAGGAUCAGGAUCUUAACAACUUUGGUUUUACUUCUCUGUCUCUUCAAGCAAAGAAGGAACACAGUUUGAAGGCAAUUCCAAAAGCUGAUGGCAUCCAUGGUCUGACCCAGAGGUCAAAUUCCACUAAAAGCCAACUUCAGGAAUCUGCUAAAAGCAGAAGCUUAAAUGAGAUGACGCAGUUACCUAUGGAAUCAAAUGUCAUGAAGAAAUUCAGUUUUCAACCGAAAGAAAAACAUAGGGUUGAAGGUCUCCCCAAGCAAACAAAGAUGAAAAGCAAGAGGGAACUUGACCAUUAUGCAUUUGAAGGUCCAAAGAAAAGAAACAAAGAAGAUAAGUACUCUACAGAUAAACGUCAAAAUUCUAACUCUGACCUGAAGAGGGUGGGUUCUGGGCUACCAACACAGGAAAGUGAAAAAGGAAGACAGAAGUAUGAUGAGUGCUCUAAUUCUCAGGAUGUAAGGUGUGAAGUGAAGGAAAGACCUGUAGCUUCUGUUAAGAAACUUGCAAACCAGACUCAGGCUUUAGCAGAUGGUUUAGAUGCAAGAAUCCUUGAUAGAACAGAUAAUAUGGGGAAGAAAAGGAAAUUGAAGGACAGGCAAGAAAGUCAGAAUGGGCAUGAGUUUUAUGUGGAGGAGGAAAAUAGUGAGUGUGGGUCUCGAAAAGAAAAAAGGUCUCAGGUUUCAAAGAAUGAGAUGAAGCAGUCUCAUAGACAUAAUGCCAAUGAUUUGUCGAAUAGAAAAUUUUUAGAUGAUUCAGUUGAUGUUGCAGAAGAAGUUAGGGGUGUCGAUAACACACAGCAUAUAUCAAAACCUAAAAGAAAGGAUGCUUCUCAAAACAAUUUAGAUGGCUUAAAUUCAUCAAGAAGGCAUUCUGUUACUCAACAAGUUCCCAUCGCAGCCACUUCUAGCUCAUCAAAGGUUUCAGGUUCUCAUAAAACCAGGGUAAACUUUGAAGCACCAAAGGGUUCCCCCGUGGAAUCAGUGUCAUCAUCUCCCAUGAGGAACUUGUAUCCUGUAAAGCUUACAUCAGCAGGAGAUACUUCAGGGAAAGAUGACACUAUGGAUGGUGAUGUUCCUGGAAGAGGCAAUGGUAAAAGAAGUUGGGAUGGGGAAGGUGCUGGUAAUCUUGGUCAGACUGGGAUGGAAAAGGGGGAGAAAGUUUCUCAUAAAUUUUCAAAACUGGAUUUCUGGGAUGGAGAUGCUAAUCGCACCAUUGGCAUCAAAACUAGGCCUUAUUCUGGAUUUGGAAAUGGUAGUUUAACUAAUGGUGAUGUUUAUGCCAAAGAAAAUGUGGUAGGCCUUAGGGAUCAGCAUACUCCUGAGCAUUCCGAUCAUGAGAAGGAUAGAGUCAACAAGAACAACAAUCACAAUGCUUUGUUUCCCCAGGGAUAUGGUGGGGAUUCUUCUUCAAAGCCAAAGGACAAUAAACAAAGUUCAUUGUCAGAUAAGAUGGUGUAUGGUAUGAUCACUGAACAGGAAGGUUUGCAUUCCAAGAAGAGCACAGGAUCUCGAUCAGAUACUGACCUCAAGGAUCAUUCACUGCAGCCUGGUGUGGUGAGUGAAAAUAAAUGCAAUAUAAUUGAUGAUUCUAGCACUAAACCUAGCAAGGCUGGGAAGAACAGCAAAGUUGUGAAGAAUUCUUUAGGGAGAUGGUCAGGUGAUCACAGAAUGGAAAACCAAUCAAGAGAAAAAGAAUGUGAUGAAUUGGAUGCAAAGUCAGCUGCUAUAUGCAGCACAAAUCAGAAGAUUUUUCCUCAGAAAAAUGUUGUCCAGGAUUUUGGUGGUGAAAGCAAAGCAAAACAAGUAGAGUCAAGAAGUGGAGUGCCAAAAUCUUUCUCACAUUGUGAAAUUGAAACUAAGCAAGAAACAGAGGAUCAUGGAACAUUCCUAGAGGCUCGGCAGGUAGUUGCCUUUGAUGGCUUUCCAAGUAGCAGUGAGUCACCCAGGGUGUUAUUAAAACAGCCUGCAAAUGCUGGUAACAAUGGUCGAGCUGACCAGAGUGUGGAACAGAACUUGCUUAAUUUGCAUGUCCUGAGAAGCACUCAUGUGCCAAGUCCAGGGAGAAUGAAUUCUUCUGGCCUGACGGCAACUGGUGCCCUUAAAGAGGCAAAAGAUCUGAAACUCUAUGCUGACCGUCUCAAGACCUCUAGUUUUGGUUUUGAAAGUAAUGAGAUGUUCUUCCAAGCUGCGCUUAAGUUUCUUCACGGAGCUUCACUUCUGGAGACUAGCAAUAGUGAGAGUGGCAGAAAUGGGGAGAUAAAUCAAAUGCAAGCAUAUACCACAGCUGCUAGACUUUGCGAGAGAUGUGGCCAAGAAUAUGAAAAACACAAAGAAAUGGCUGCUGCUGCUUUGGCCUAUAAAUGCAUGGAAGUGGCAUAUAUGAGGAUAGUUUUCUGCAAACAUUCUACUAGCAACCAGGACAGGAAUGAGUUGCAAGCAACUGUAUCAAUGGUUCCUCAAGGUGAAUCUCCUUCAUCCUCUGCAUCAGAUGUUGAUAAUUUAAAUAAUCAAGCAACAGCAGAAAAGGCCACAUUAUCCAAGGGUACCGUUUCACAUGUUUCUGGAAUCCCCAUUGUUGUUGCUAGAAACCGCCCAGGCUUUGUUCGUCUGCUUGAUUUUAUGCAGGAUGUAAAUUUUGCAAUGGAGGCCUCAACAAAAUCCCAGAAUGCUUUUGGAGCUGCUAAGUUAACCUUGGAAGAGGCUCAAAAAGUAGAGUGUAUUACUUCAGUUAGAAAGGUGAUUGAUUUCAGCUUCCAAGAUGUAGAGGGACUGAUAUGUUUGGUUCAGCUUGCUAAAGAGGCCAUACGACGUUCUGGGAUAAGGUGGUGCUAGAGACUAAGCCAUCCUGUAUUAUAUUCUGUUUUCUGGUUAAGAUCACCUGUAGCAUAUGGGAGAAGAAAUGGGAAUGGGAAUCACAAGGGGGUUCACCAGCAGUACCUCACCUCUAUGUACAUGUGUACAAAAUGAGAUUCAUUUGCAAGUUUUGUAAUGUAUAUUUUGAAUAUUCACCUUAUUCAGAUAUUGUUAGGGGCCAAAACUGCUCCUUAAGUUUUGGGGUUGGCAAUAGAUGGAUAGAGUUCUAGCUUGUUCGGCAAGAGAUUUGAAGUUCUUUGUAAGAAAUUAGUCCAUUUCAUUUUUUGGCUCCAUUGUUUUGGGGCCUGAGGAAAAAAUGUUAUAGAGAUUAGAAAUCAUUAGGCAACCAUUUUGAGAAGGUUGAAUGCUGAUAUAGUGGACUACUGAUUAAUUUAUCCUUCAAGGGCUUUCUGUUUUCUUUACAUUUUAUUGAAAAUUUUAUUGGAAUAGAAAUUCAUUUUCUUUGGGAAUGGUUACCCUUUUUUGUCAAUGACCGAGACAAGUUAAGAUGAUUGCAAAUGCUGUGCAAGAUGUAAACACAAUUUGGAAAAUCUUAUGUCUCUGAGUCAUUUUGCUUCACCAAGGUUUGUAAAGUUCUUUAUCAUUCUCACCACAAGUAAUUAGUUGUCUUGGUUAUUUUCUUUAUCAGCAGUAGCCAUGUUCUUUGAUAUUGUUACCGUUUUUUAAAUAUGGAUGACUGGGAAGUAUUAUCUCAUCUAUGGACGGAUUUCAUUGACUUUGACCUCAUUCAGUUUAUCUUACUACCUUUUGUCAGGAUGCAGGUCUUUGUUCUCAUUUUCUCUAAUCUGAUAUGUAGUAGAUCGGGAUGAAUAAAAAGAUUAAGAUAUUUGAGCCAGGCUUUUUCCUGCUUUCUCUGAGAAUUGACUAAUGAGACUCUCAUAGUCUCAUGUUUUAGUUAGUUAUUUCUGCUAACUCAACUUAAAGUGGAUAUCUGGUUUCCACUUGUAUGAGAGAAAAAGAAAUUGUUAGCUCAUAUUUUUUUUCUCCAAGAUUUUGGAGUGGCAACUAACAUCAGAUGUAACCAACAGUGGCUUGCUAGGAAAGAAAGUGGAUUAAGUUUGUAGAAGUUAAUGUGCACCAUUUUGGCCAAACUCUUGUUGGUAAUAUCAAGAAAUGUGAAUAACAGCACAGGUGUAAAUAACUGCACGUGCUGGGGAACCAAGAUAUCUGGUUUUCUAUAGUUAACUCUUCUAUGAUUUUUAGCCACUCUCUGGAAGCUACUGAAAAUAUGUAUAUCCUGCUCUGGUGGGGAUCUCUGAUUUUGCGCUCAGACGUGUGGUUUACUUGACAGGACAGAAUCUCAGUUC